AUGCAGCCUCUCACCGACCUCCUUAGGGCUUGCAAGUCGGCAUCGGCUCUGCUGGAGUGGUCGGAGGAAGCUGAGAGGGCCUUCUGCGCUGCUAAGGAGUCCUUGGCGAACGCCACCCUUCUUGUGCAUCUGGAUUUGGUUGGGCCGCUUCCCAUCUCGCAGGGUAAUCGAUACCUCUUCACCUGUGUUGAUAGGUUUACCCGUUGGGCGGAAGUGGUUCCGAUCCCCGACGCCACGGCCGACACUGUUGGUCGUGCAUUCCUCUUCGGUUGGGUCGCGCGCUUCGGCUGCCCUGGCAUCGUCACCACAGAUAGAGGUCGCCAAUUUACCUCCCGUAGCUUCGGAGCCCUCCUCUCUGCCAUCGGCGCGAAGCAUUCGAAGACCACGGCCUACCACCCUUCAGCGAACGGCAUGGUCGAACGUCUGCACAGGCAGCUGAAAGCCGCCAUCUGCGCGAGAAGAAACUCGGCGAAUUGGGUCGAUCACCUGCCCUGGGUGCUCUUAGGUAUUCGCUCUUCCCUCAAGCAGGACCUCCAGUGUAGCCCCUCGGACUUGGUAUUUGGUUGCCCGCUGAGUCUUCCCGACGACUUCCUCAGCUCCCCCUCCCCCGCGCCUCCCAGUGCUCAUGACUUUGCCGCACAGCUUCGCGACCAUUUCCGGGAUCUUCAGCCCGCUUCCCCACGCCAGCCAACUAAUAGGAAGAUCUUUGUCCACCCGGACCUCAAGACCUCUUCUCACGUCUUCGUUCGCGCGGACCACGUUAAGCCGCCACUCACCCCAGCGUACACUGGUCCCCACCGCUUAUUGGCGCAAGAUGAGAAGACGGUGACAGUCGACAUCAAUGGCCGCCCGGAGGUACUCACGAAAGACCGAGUCAAGCCCGCCUACUUCGACGCACUACUCUCUCCCGUCCAUCUUCCGGAGUCGCCUCCACUUUGCCCGGUUCCCCGAUCACUACCCUCCUCAAGAAAAGUCUCCUGGCAUUCUCCUCUGGUUACCUACCAGUUUAGCAUCUUCGCCGCCUAA